AUGGGGCUCCGCGAUUUCCUUGACGGUCGAUUCUUCGAUACCAGAUACAAGACCAAAGUUCAUAUUGCGCAAGUCGCCCUGAUGGUACUGGCCAUCACCCUGACCAUCUGGCGUAUGGCCAUCCCAGUCCCGUUCACUCGCGGCAACAUCAUGGCCCUUACAAUGGGCUUCAAGUCUCUCAUCAUCAUCGGUUACCAACUCCUGACAGCUCACAAGGAGCGCUUCAAGAAGUGGGCUUCGCUCAAGGCCAACGCUAUCCUCAAUACCCUCGAAAUUCUAUUUUGGUUCGUCGCCUUUGGUCUGUUGUGCCAGGCCAAUGGAAGAUUCUGCACGGGUGGUAGCUGUGCUCUUAGCUGGGUCGUGACUAUCAUCGUCAUGGUGUUGAUUGUACUUGCCUUCCAGACAUCAGUCGUGUCCAUCAAGGACUACAAGUACUGGAAGAACUACGGCAUCAACCGAGAGACGGAGACCCAGGCAGCGUACCCAAAGACUCAAGUAUGA